CUAAGAUCUUCGACCUCAUCACUCCACUGCACCUCGAAGAUUCAGUCAGCGUCGCAAGCGCAUCACACCCAAUCGCACAGCUUCAAGAUGGCAGGCCCAAAUCUCGAAGUUUUCAAGUUUGGAAUGUACAUCCUAUUUCCCAUCAGCAUCAUGUACUACUUUGGCACGAACCUCGACGGCAAAUUCUCGGUACCAGAGUUCUGGCCCAAGCCCGGUCAAACGCACAAGAUACCCUACGAUCGCGAAGAGAUUGCGAAGGAGCUAGAGAGGAUCAAGGAGCGGAAUUUGGAGAACAAACGGCGAAGGGAGGAGCAGGAACGGCUGAAGAACUUGGCCGGUGAGGGACGCGAGGCAUGAGACCGAGGAAGAUGGAAGACGGGUUAGGACGGGUGGCGCCACAGGAAAGAAUCAAGACAGCUGAAGGGAAAGCAAGGAAACUAGCUUGAAUACUGCAUGGGCGGCGUUUUGGGUAUACAAAGCAUGAUAUUUACAAUAUGUACAGUGCUGUACCAUAUAGUUAUGUAUAAGUCUUGAGGGGAAUACCAUAUAUCGGCUUAUCAUGCAACGACU